GAUUAGUAUCACCCAAAUUUCUAUAAACAGAAAGAAACAAUUUAUUAAGUUUAAGAAAAAAAAAAGCAAAAGCUACGAACAUAUGGCAAAAACCUUCAGUUCCAUCUGCUUCACCACUCUUUUGCUCGUUGUGUUGUUAAUCUCCGCCGAAAUCCCGAAGAGCAAGGGCAACUGCGAUCACUUUUUAGGCGAAGCCCCUGUAUACCCAUGUAAGGAAAAAGCUUGUAAAUCCGUAUGCAAGGAGCACUACCACCACGCAUGUAAAGGAGAGUGCGAGUAUCAUGGCCGCGAAGUGCAUUGCCACUGCUACGGUGACUAUCACUGAAGUUUUACUAAUAAACUCGUGUAUCCAAUAAAGAAAAGAUAAGAUCGUGUCUCUAUAUAUAAUGUAAGAAGUUGUUUUCUUUCAAAUAAAAUAAUAGGACGAAGCCGAUGACUGCUUCCUCCCUAUACUUCUAUAGUAAGAUCAUGUUGUAUCCUGUUUCGUUUUAAUAAUAAACUUGUUUUAUGUUAUGUCUA